UAAAGCUGUUUGGCUGGUUAGUUAAUCGGUUGGUUGGUUGGUUGGAUAUUUCAUUGGAUGAUUCAAUGAAAAAAAAGAGUAUUUUAAUCAUUAUCAUCAUCAUCUUUACCACGAUCCACCACUACAAGCAUCCCAAAACAACAAAACAAAAAAUCAGAGAAAAACAUUCAUAUUUGAUUACAGUGUGCUUGGUGAUUAAAGUGCAACAAGUGUUUUGGUUGAAAAAUAAAAAAUUUGUUAAUUUUUUCAAAAUAUGGAUGCAAUGGAUCCUUUGAGUGAAAUACAGCAACAGCAACCUGUAAAAUCUUCAAUGGAAGAAAUGGAUAGAAAAAUUGAAACAAAUAAUAAUAAUAAUUCUUGGGUUCGAUUUGAUGAACAAUCAUCAAAUGAACAACAACAACAACAGAUUAAUCAAUCAUCAUCUUUAACAACGAACGAUUCAACGAUAAAUAGUGACAAAGUUGAUGAUCAUGAUGAUAAUCUCCAGGAACGUGCAAUAAAAUCAACAAAUUCUUCGGAUUUGAUUGAUAAAAGUCAACAACAACAACCAUCGCAACAAUUUGCUACAAUUGAACUUUCAGCUAAUCAUCAUGUUCUUCAGGUUAAUAAUAAUAAUAAUGGUGGUGGCAGUGGUGAUAAAGUCAACGAUACCAAUAUUGUUGCCGGUAGUAGUAAUAGUUUAAAAUCAAAUCAUCAUUCAUCAAAUCAUAAUCCAAAAUCUGGUUUCAGUAAUGGAGAUAUUAUUGUUACAUUAUAUCCAUUGAAUGAUAAUUGUGCAUGGUUAACACCGGCAACAUUUAAAGCACAUCUUGUACCGGAAGAAUUAAUGGCACAGCCAUUAACUUUAACUGUUGAAGAUUAUGUUUCAACAAUGAGUAUUUUACUUAGUGAUUAUCGUUUUCAUUUAUAUAUAACAUUACAUAAAAGAAUAUUGGCCAUUUGGUUAACGUUAAGCAUUAUAAUUUUAUUAGGUAUAUUAGCAUCAAGUACAAAAGGUUUAUCAGUAUUUUUAUCCGGAAUUUUUUGGCUAAUAUUAAAUGCAUUGGGUAUAUUUUUAGUUAUUUUUAUUAAAUCAAGGCUAUAUCGAAUGCUUGAAGAAUGUAUAGCACAGGUAAAUACCAUAUUUGGUCGUCAUAAUAUAUUUCUUGGCAUUGAUGAUCGUGGACAUUUUAGUUGUCAUAAAAUUAAUUUAAUUUUUGUCUAUUUUGAUACAAAAUAUUGUAUUAAAUUUUUACAAGAUAUGCUAAAAAACAAUGACAACAACAAAACCAUACAGCAAAACAAUCGACAAACAACAACAAUCGAUACAUCGAUUUUAAAUGAUGAUGAAACGUUUGUUGAUAAUGGUGAUAAUAUUUAUAUUACCGGUUCGAAUGGUACACGGCAAAUUUCACAAAAAGAAAAACAAGCGGAAAAACUUUUAUUUCGUUAUUCACAACGUUGGAUCCGGGAAUAUGGUCGUCAACGUAUGUCAUUGUCAAUCAUUCAACCACAACCGGAACAACAACAACAACAAUCACAGCCACCAAUACAACAACAAUCACAACAAUCAAAUAAUACCGAUCAGCCAAUAACAUUGGCCAUACAAACUGAUAUACCACCAAGACAUUGUAGACAGGCAAAAUGUUUUUGUCAGUAUAUUGAAGAAAUGUAUCGUGGUAAACAACAACAACAUCAACAUCAACAACAAUCAUUUGGAAAUUUUUGCCUUACAUCAUUGAUGCCAUGUAUUUCAACGAAUUCACGAUUUAUUCCAUCAUGUUGUCGAUGAAAGUCGAAACAUUAAAAAACAAACAAAAUCUUUUUCAAAGAAAUUUAUUUAUUUUUUUAAAA